CACCACUGCUGGACAGACGGCCGAGAACGCCCUCGAGGUCUUGCAACGGCAGUGGUUCGCAAGCAAGCACAGAGGGCAAUGCCAUGCGAGAGAACAGCCGAGAGAGUCGACUCAGCACACUCCGUGUCGAUACCCGAGUAGCAGAACCUCUCCAGCCCGGAUCCAGAAGAGUUUCGCCAUCGGGAACCAGUGAAUCGCCAGCUUCAUCGACAUCAAACCACAGUCGACAAGGUUCCGCUGCAUCAUAUACCCCGUUACGCAGCGCCAGAGGAUCGCUCUCGUUGNGCAUACAGGGAACUGCCCAUCAUUCGGUCCUAUCGCGAAGAUCCUCGCUGUCACAAUCCGGCAUCAGUAGAGAGGCAUGGGCACUACCACUUGCAGACACGGACACUCUCAUUCUGGUGCCAGACGCUGUAGCAAACAGAUCACCGCUGUGUACGCAGACAAAUGCAGAGUGCGCCGAGAUGUCGGAGGACCAUACACCGCAGAGACAAGCAGAACCCAGACCAACCUUUCGUCGAACGAGGAAGUGUCGUCGAGAUCGAGAGAUACGUAAUUCGUCCAUCAUGACGGGUGUACUCUGUGUGCUGCUUGUUGUGGCAUUAAGCCUGUACGUGGCAAUGGCGAUACCUAGGGUCAACGAUAUUCCGACCAGCGUUCAUGUUUUUAUCAUCGGAACAUUCGUUGUAGUCGCGGGCUUUAUCCUCCUCUUCUCUGUUCGUUUGCACAAAGCCAUCGGUCGACACAAGAUGGACAAGUCGCAGAGUGCCGGCGCUCGACACGGGCACUCGCGGACCGUUCGCCCUACGGAGACGGAAGAGAGCCUGAUACCAAAUAGCCCGAUUGCGGUGCAGUAUGAAGCCGACGAUGAUGUAGAGAGAGCUUCACAUGAGUCUCCGGUCAACAUUCGGCAUCCACCGCCGGCGUAUGGCAGAUGGAGGGGUAGCUAUCGUAUGGAUCCCGAGCUCUUGCAUUGGAGACGUGUUGGCGAUGCGGAGGAGGGUGAGCAGCGAAGUAGCGUGGACACGGCGCCGCCGAUGUACGCUUCACCACUGAGACCUACUCGGACUCGACGAGAUGAAGCAGUGGGCGCGACUGAGAUGGUCGAGGUCGGUCGGGCAUGC